AGGGGCUGGCUGCAGCCUUUUCGUCAGUCGAUACGAAGCCGCUGUGAGGAUCACAUUUAAUCCAACCUGUUGAAAGUUUAUUGCACCGGUUCCAUUUAUUCUACAAUGAGGGUUUGCGUACUUAUGGUAUUGGCCUUGGUCCACUCUCUACAGUGUGUUUAUGGGAUGGCUCCGUACGGUGCUGCGGGUCGGCCUUCCGGGUCUACUGGUGGUGCGUCUUCUGGUGGGCAGGGUGGAAGCACUACAUCCGGGUCUGGAGCUGGAUCUCGAGGGCCAGCUGGGUCAUUCCCUGCGCCAGGCACUCAGCAGGGCACAGGCGCUUUCACGGGGAAUGCAGGAGCUCCCCGUCCCGCUGGAGGUAGCGGGUCACUUCCCGGUGUUGCGACAGGUACUCAAACGACAGGUCAACAGGGCAUCCCAUCUCCAGGAACACCUGGCUCCUUCGCAGGGUUUGCUGGAGGAUCUCCCCGCCCCGCCGGUGCCGGGUCAAGCUCGGGUGCACUGGGUGGUGGUUUUGCAGGAUUCGGGGGGUCUGGUGGUCAGGACAGUUUUCAAACGGGCGCUGGUGGAUCUUUUGCCACAAGGGUUCUUCAACAGCAAGCAACUCCUACAGUGACUCAAACGGUGACUGUCGACGUAUUCACUACACUCACUGACACUGUUUUAAACAGCGUUGGGGUUACUCUGACGCAAUUCGUAUUGGAGACUGCAACACGGCCUUUAGAACAGGUUGUCGUCACGCCUGUUGAUGACAGGGUUGCAGUGUCUACAACUGUAGUCCACCGCCCAGAAUAUGUAACUGUUACCGAAACUAAAUCUGACUUCCGCCUUGUGAUUGGAACUUCAGUCUCGCACGUGACGAUUACUCACACUUCCUACGCAAUCACCCAUGUUCCUUUCACAAUUACCGCAACGGAAACUGUUCAGAUUACGUCUCCAAUGGUAAGGACCGUCAUCAGAACUCGGGAACAGUUGGUGACCGACUACCGCACCCUUUUCAACACCGUUUACGUCCACGGAGGCUAUUUCUAAUUCUCCUUUGAAAGAAUAUGUAAAAAAAUAUUAAAACUAUAGCUUAAUAAAUAUUUACCAUAA